CAGGAAGUGUUUUCUGCAGCCGUGUUUAACCUUUUCAGUCAGUAUGUCAAUACAACACAAGACGGUAGAUUAUGUCUGCGCAUAACAGGGAAUUGUAGGAUAUAGGAUUUCGGCUGCUCUUCACGGUUAUAAAACUGAACACAUUCUACACACUGCCCUCGAAACCGAUUUCCCAGAGGGAUGCACUUUCUGACAAAAGCCAAGUUUGUGUUACAGGGCGGCGGGCGGAGGCUUGCUGCUGUGCACUGUGUGGUUGGGAUACGAGCACUGAAACGAGUUUUCCACAGCUCGAAGUGCACUGAACACGGGGAUCAAGCGAGCAGGGGCGAAAAUGAAGUCUAUGAUGUCAUAAUUUCUGGAGGUGGGAUGGUAGGCACGGCUAUGGCCUGCGCCUUAGGUUUUGAUCCCAAUUUAGAAGGAAAGAAGAUCCUUCUUUUAGAAGCUGGCAAUAAGAAAACUCUUGACAAAGUACCAGAGGCAUACAGCACCAGAGUGAGCUCCAUCAGCCCUGGCUCAGCAACUCUUCUCAGUAGUGUCGGAGCUUGGGAUCACAUCCUCAAUAUGAGGUGUAAGCCAUUCAGGAGGAUGCAGGUUUGGGAUGCCUGCUCAGAUGCCAUGAUUACCUUUGAGAAGGACAGUUUGGAGGACGAAAUGGGAUACAUCGUCGAGAAUGACGUUAUCAUUGCUGCUUUGACCAAGCAGGUUGAGUCGAUGCCUGAUAAAGUGACCGUCCAGUACAGGAGCAGGGCUGUGAAGUACAUCUGGCCCCAGCCCUUUCAGGCAGCUAAUGCCAUUCCCUGGGUCCAGGUGGAGCUGGCAAAUGGGCAGAAGCUGCAGACGAAACUGCUGAUUGGGGCUGAUGGGCCCAACUCUAUGGUGAGAAGGGACACAGGGAUCCCCUUGGUCAAGUGGAAUUAUGACCAGUCUGCUGUUGUGGCUGUGCUUCAUCUAUCUGAACCCACAGAAAACAAUGUUGCCUGGCAAAGAUUCCUCCCAACUGGGCCUAUCGCAGUGCUUCCAUUAUCAGACACUGAAAGCUCAUUGGUGUGGUCCACCAGCCAUCAGCACGCAGAAGAGCUGCUCCGCUUGGAUGAGGAGAGCUUUGUUGACGCAAUCAACUCUGCGUUUUGGAGCAAUGAGAACCACUCAGAACUGAUUGAAACUGCAGGCACCAUGUUCAGAUCUGCACUAUCCAUUCUCAUGCCUUCUGGGACUUCAGCAAGGCAGCUGCCACCCAGUGUCUCUGGGAUUGGGGCGCAGAGCAGAGCCAUAUUCCCUCUGGGCAUGGGACAUGCUUCUGAGUACAUCAGGCACAGAGUGGCACUCAUUGGGGAUGCUGCCCAUCGAGUGCACCCGCUGGCAGGCCAGGGAGUGAACCUUGGCUUCGGGGAUGUGGCGUGUCUCACUCGGCUCUUGAGCCAAGCGGCCUUCAACGGAAGGGACCUGGGAGCCAUGCAGCACCUCCUGGAGUACGAAACGGAGAGGCAGAGACACAACCUGCCAAUGAUGGCUGCCAUAGACCUGAUGAAGCGCUUGUACUCUACCAAGAUGGCUCCCAUCGUGCUCCUGCGAACGCUUGGGCUGCAGGCCACCAAUGCCGUUCCUCCUGUUAAAGAACAGAUCAUGGCCUUUGCCAGCAAGUGAAAAAGAGAUGUGAUGUAUCCUUCUUGGUGAAUGUUAGCAGAGACUCUCAAGAGUUUACCUUGGUUGUUGCCAAUUGUGAAACAGAACACUUGAAAUGCAAGUUAUUCAAAAGUGUACGUUUUAUAACAUAAUAAAGGUAUAUUUUAAUCUUUUCUAGCUUUUUAUUUUAUUUUGAAGUAUGGAGUAGUUUGUCAAAUGAAUUACAGGUUGUGAAAGUGGAACAUAAGAAAUACACAUGAAAUGCUGAAACUACUGAUUUCCCUCAUUUCAACCUGUCAGUUGUAAUUGCGUGUUCUGUGAAUGGCAUCACCAAGCCUGCAGUUGUGGUGAGAGGAGAGAGUUGAGGAGUGAGGUUAGCCAUCACCAUGCCACUGUGAUGAAAGGUGAUUUCCAGUCCUAUACUAGUUUGUUUGUUUUGAUGAUUUUAAUGUAUUAGGCUGACAUCUCUUCUCUCCAGUUUCCAGACCUGAAGCCUUUAAAUGGCCGCAGAUCUGUUAUACCUUUUAAAAUGUUACAUUGAUGAUAUUGAAUUGUUACAUUUGCUUUGAACAGCAACAGAGAAUAAAGCAUGGAAAUUUAA